AUGGCUAAUGCCAUGGAAUCAAACUCGGAGGUGUUUAUCAUUUCCAAGGCAAGCAAGGAGGUGCGGUACAUUCUGAUGAGUCGCGGGCCGCUCUCCCCGUGGUCCUGGGCACAGAGCGUGUCGCACAACCCUGACGAUGUCCCUUGGAAUCUUGUCGACGACAACAUGGCCGAUAUCGUGGUAGGUUGGGUACCAGGUCCCACAGAGCGGGGCACGCUGACGCUCCUCUGGAGCUGCGUGAUCACGAUCUUUGCCUGCACCUGGACAGUGCUGCACCUCAAUGUGCCUGGUCGUCUUGACACGUCUUUGACUGUUGCGUUGCGGAAACUCAAGUGGAUGGCCAUCAAUAUCCUCUUCCCAGAGUUUGUAUUCUCUAAAGCCGUCUGCGAUCUCCGCCUGGCUCUUCAAGAGCUGCGCGAGUUCGACGACUAUCUACGGGAAAUUGACAAGACCAUCGAAUGGACCACCCGUCACCAGCUUUCUCACGACAGUUGGUACGUCAUAAGGUGGACCUGGGAGAUUGAUUAUCCAGACGGAUGGUCUGGUUUCCUUUAUGAUCUGCUGAGACUGGACCGACCACCACAUCUGCUGAACCUACCGGCCAAAAAUGUGGUCAGAGGCUGUUUCCCCUUCAAGCGCUUCCUGGCAAAGUUCAUUGUUGGGCCCCCCUCAGCUUCAACACACCCCGACAACACAACUGUUGAACUGGAAGCUAGGCAGUCCUCUUUCGUUCAGCCAGAUCUUCAGAACGGGGGAAAAAGUCAUGAAGACAGGCAAACGAUCCAUGUCCUAGCAACUGAGGACCAUCGGCAGACGCGUGAGGGACAGAGCCAGCCAGGUUCCAUUCAUAAAACGCCGUCUUUGGAAGUAUUGCAACAAAAGUCAUUGAACAAUUAUGCUCAAGAGUGGCGUUUUGAAGAUGCGGAACAUCCAUUAAUGCACCUUGUUCUUGGAAAAGACGACAUUGAAGACAGGAGCAAGGCCGACUGGCUCCUGAAAAGCCUUGCUGUAUUACAGAUCACAUGGAUUAUCAUGAAUGUCAUCGUCCGCCAUAUCACAGGGUUGCCUAUUUCCCAGAUCGAGAUCGCCACCAUUGCCUUUGCCAUCAUGGCGGUAUUGAUAUAUCUAGCAAACUGGUGGAAACCUAAAGACAUCUCUCAACCGACCACGCUGCAGUUCCAUGGCUAUGGUGGUCCAGUCCUCAACUUUCGGGACAGAAAGCAAUCUUUCACGCAGCGAAUCUUGUCACCAAUGUCUGCCAUUGACAAGGCGGCCUUGGGUGUACCAUCCAUCGUCGAACGGGUGGCUAAUGAUGUCGUCUGGUUGGAAGGCAAUAGACCCCUGCUAUUCUACCUGAUGGCCGGAUCGUCGCUUAUCUUUGGCGGCUUGCACUGCCUUGCUUGGAACUUUGAGUUCCCCACGCGAGUUGAGCUUCUCUCCUGGCGAGUCGCGAGCCUGACGUCGGCUAUUCUGCCCGCAGUGGUCUUGGCCAUCAGCGCCAUCCUAGGCCAUCUCGCGGUUCAUGUCUUAGACCACCAUUUCGCAUCCAAAUUAUCGGCUGAACUGAAACUAAUUUGUCCGGUCGAAUCAAGGCAACUGUUAACAAAACCUUCUUUCCUAUUUUGGGAUAAGGGCGCACAAUAUGCUUUAUGGAAGACGCCAAAAGACUUGAGGGACUGGGAAGAGAUACUAAAGAACCCGGAGUUGCUCGAAUUCUGGCAAGACUACGAAGACUUUCUGGGGAGCAAGCAUCCCCAUUUGAGACGUCUUGUUGCCGGCGGCCCUGUCACACUAUACCUCCAACAAAUACUGGAGGUGGCUGAGAAAGUCUCGACCCCAGCAAUCAUGUUCAAGAAGCGAGCCGAGCGAGCAUCAAACCUAGUUUUCAUCAAUAGUCUCAUUCUUUACACAGCCGCCCGCCUCACUAUCCUCGUUCUCAUCUUCACUUCUCUACGGGCUGCUCCAGCAGGUGUCUAUCAGGACACAGCGUGGACCCGUUUUCUGCCGAAAUUUUCAUGA